AUGCCACCAGAAGCAAGCGAAGGGUUGCAGCGAACCGACAGUUUGAUCAAACGUUCCAACCUGAUCGGCGCGGAUGACAGCGCUGGGGCUGCUCAACGCAUUCUGCUACCCUAUCCGGAUUCAGAUUUCGAUUUGAGUCAGGAUGAUUCAAAUGUGCCCAGCGGUCACUCCUCUUCGUCUUCCCGAAGUCACUCGCUCGCGAGUCGUUUUCGUAGUUCCCGUCUGCUCGGUUCAGGCAUGCUUAAGCCUGGAAAGCGAGGCGUGGACGAGUCUAUGGUCAGCAGCAGUAAUUCUCUCGCACUGCUUGGACCUUCACGUCAGUUGGCCGGUGUUGUGGCUAGUAUGAGCACUUUGCCUACGGAUUCAGGAACCUCUCCUAGCAGCGCGGCGGCUCUGGCCUCAGCUGUGGCUGUGGCUGGAGCAACGGGCAGUUGGCAACAACCACACUCGUUAAUCGGUAGCGAAAGACCUCCUGUUCGGCCCAGAGUGGAGUCAAUACCUGAGAAGGUGCCUCCCGCACGAUCAAAAGAUGAAAGUCACGAACCCGAUCCCCCGAUGCGUUAUGUUCCUCCUGCGGCAUCUGUGGCUGCGGGUAUGUAUAAAUGUGCUCCGUUAAUUUUUAUUAUUCUACGCACUGGUCUUCCUCCAAGUCAUGAGAUUCUGAAAGCUGUGUUGUUGUAA